GCAUUAGCAACAAAUGAACGAGGUUUCACGGGUUUGCAUAUCAUGGCUCAGAAGACAACAGAUUCGGGUCGUCAUAGUCUAGGACAUCAGAAUCAACUAAUAAGUUCAGGGAUGAAGAACGGUGUUGCUCUUCAACUUGUUCAUUCCCUCUGGCUAGGAAUUAUCAAGCUUGUAAACUCAGAGCAAGACAUAAGAAGGAUCAUAAAUGAGCCAUCACGACUAUUAUUUGAUGCUACAAAAGUUGGAAACUUCGAUUUCUUAGCCGAGCUUCUGAGAUCCUACCCUGAUUUGGUAUGGGAGUUGGACGGCCAAAAGCGAAGCAUAAUUCACAUUGCUGUUUCACGUCGUCAUCCUAACAUCUUCAAUCUCAUCCGUGAUAUAAGCGCAAAUAAGGAUAUCAUAUUGUCAUAUGUAGACAAAGAUGAUGGAAACAAUAUAUUACAUUUGGCUGCAAAGUUAGCACCAGCUGAUCGACUUGAAUUGGUGUCUGGGGCAGCUUUUCAAAUGAAGUUUGAACUACUAUGGUUUGAGGAGGUAAGGAAGUUAGUGUUACCAUCAUAUGUAAAUAUGGAAAACUCAAAUGGUGAAACUCCUCGGGAGUUGUUCACCAAGGAGCACGCAUCAUUGAGAAAAAAUGCCGAGUCAUGGAUGAAGAGAACAUCUAACUAUUGUAUGGUUGUUUCAACUCUUAUUGCUACCGGAGUGUUUUCAGCUGCAUUUAGCAUACCUGGUGGCAUCAAUGAUAGUUCUGGAAUCCCAAAUUAUUUAUGGAAACCAUCAUUUAUGAUAUUUGCAAUAUCAGAUGCUAUUGCAUUGAUCUCAUCUUCAGCCUCCAUACUAGUCUUCUUGUCUAUCCUUAUCUCACGUUAUGCAGAAUAUGACUUUCACAAGUCUCUUCCCUUAAAGGUGAUAUUUGGAUUGGUAACUCUCUUCAUAUCUAUAACAAGCAUGAUGAUAGCAUUCAGUAGUGCCUUCUUCGUGACAUAUCACCAUGGCAAAAAGUGGGUUCCAAGCUUCAUUUCUGUGAUUUCAUUUUUUCCAAUAGUCAUGUUUUUGUUUUUGCAAUUUCAACUUUUUUAUGAUAUUAUUUACUCAACAUAUUAUUUAAGGUCUUUAUUUCGGCCAAGCAGGCAUAUGCUUUACUGA